AUGGCAGAUCCAGCACAUGUUCUCGAGCAGAUGAAAGCCGUCGUCUUCGCUGUCCGCCAUAUAACUCAAGACGUCGAAACUGCCCAGUCAAUUGGGAAAGCAGAUGAUCAGCAAACACCAUCAUCACACAUUCGCUCCCGUGCCAAAAUCCGCGUCUCAGCCACAGCAAACAACCUUAUCACCGCCUCCAAGGACUUCGCAAACAGCAAUGGGAUAUCCCCCGUAUCUCUUCUGGACGCAGCAGCCUCACAUCUCUCAGCCGCAAUUGUCGAACUGGUCCGUAUCGUCAAGGUUCGCCCGACUCCCGCAGAUGAGCUUGAAGUCGAUGAUGGUGUUGGGGAUGGUGAUGAUCUGGACGCCAUAAUGCAGUCACCUACCUACUUCAGCGUCCCGUCUAGCCUGGACAGGUUGAGUGGGAAUGAAUCUGUGUACAGCGCUAUUAGCUCGCCGCAUUCUGCGCAGCAUUCGCGGAUGGCAUCAGCGGCUUCUGGUGCGGGGGAACAUAUGCAGAUGCACCGGAAGACGUUUUCGAAUGGGCAAAUGCUUGAGAAGACUGGGCUUGAUGGCGUCGUUCAAUCCAUCCAAGCUCUCGUCUCCUCUAUCCGUGCAGAGCCAGACGACAUGUCCGCUAUACGCGUGCAUAUCGACACAAUCUCCUCUGUCGUCAGCAGGAUUAUCUCCAUGACGGAGAAUGUGAUGGCGCAAGAGCAGCUGAAGCAGCAGAAACAUCCCUCCACCUCAAACAACGACAAAAACAAUAGUAACAAUAAUACCAAUACCAAUAACAACAACGACAGCAACAGCAACGACAACAGCAGCGACAACAGCAGCAACAGCAGCAGCAAAAGCAGCAGCAGCAAAAGCAGCAGUAACAGUAACAACCUCCGCGACCGCGCAGGCCCAAUCAUUCGCAACCUUUCCUAUUGCCGAGAUAGAUUAGCGAAGGAGGGCGCUGUGUGCGGGAAGGCUAUGAGCGUUGUGGAGGUGCGGGAUGUUACGGGGAAGUUGCUGCCGAUUGCUUUCGAGAUUGCCAGGGAGACGAAGGAGCUGGUGCAGAGACUUGAUAUCAGAUGGGUGUGA